ACCAACGGUCUCAGGGUCGCAAAUCCCCGCCAGAGUUUCUGCUUCUGGAACAUCCAUGGCGACUUCUCUGUCUACUCUCUCAACCAAUAAUAUCCGCUCCAACAGAAUCACCAAUCCAUAUUCGACACGUGUGCUCCCUAAUCGCGCUCUCAGCCUCUCUCGCAGUCCCAAACACUCUAAGAAAACAGCCAGUCUCUCACCACGGCAAAGCCACGUAAUCGUACCAUCUGCAAUUUCCGGCUCUUCCGGGAUUGAGACUUCGGCGGUGAGUGAAGAUACCACAAGUUUGCUGGACACAGUGAAAGUAUUGGACUUGAAUGGAAACGCGAUUCCGAUUUCUGAUUUGUGGAAGGAUAGGAGGUCUGUUGUCGCAUUCGCUCGCCAUUUCGGAUGUGUCCUUUGCCGCAAACGAGCUGAUUAUCUUGCCUCCAAGCAGGAUAUAAUGGAUAAAUCUGGUGUGGCACUGGUUUUAAUUGGACCUGGUAGCAUUGAUCAGGCUAGGGCAUUUACUGAGCAAACAAAGUUCAAAGGAGAAGUUUAUGCUGAUCCUAGCCACUCAUCAUAUGAGGCUUUAAAAUUUGUUUCUGGGGUUUCAACUACAUUCACUCCUAAAGCAGGUCUCAAGAUAAUACAGUUAUACAUGGAAGGUUAUCGACAAGACUGGAAGCUCUCAUUUGAAAGGGACACCGUGAAUAGAGGUGGCUGGCAGCAAGGUGGAAUUAUAGUUGCAGGUCCUGGCAAAAGUAACAUCUCAUACGUUCACAAGGACAAAGAAGCUGGGGAUGAUCCUGAUAUUGAAGAUAUUUUGAAAGCAUGUUGCUCAUGAAGAAGAAAUGAUGCAUCCUUUCUCUUCUCCAUCUAUCACUUUCACUUUGUAUUUGCAUACUUACGACAUUCCCUGGCCUGCUCUGUUCUGGGUACUUCCUACCUUCACCAGUGACUUGAUGUAUAUGCCAUGUAUUGGAAGCCCAUCAAAGGAGCUGGCCAAAUGAUAUUACUGUAAAUAUAUUACUGCCAACUCGGCAUUAUAUUACACUGAUAAAAAAAUGCGUCAUUUUCGGA